AUGUGGUUUCCACUACUCACCAAAACUCCUCUUUACACCCCUCUCACAGCCGAACUCGACGAAGAAGCGAAAUUCGAAGAGCACCCCAAGAAUCAACCGAGAAUAUCAAAUUGGAAUAUCCUGCUCCUCCUCACUGCGUCUUUUGCGUCCGUUACUAAAGAACCGAAGAAUUUCUCCUAUAAUCGCGAUUUCUCAUAUCCGCCAUCCAACGCCACAGAUGCUGCUUGGAAUAGACUAUUUCCAGGUAAAUAUGGAGGAGGAUUUUUCAAUCAUCCGGAUGUGGAAGGAGAGAGGGCUACGUUGAGUGUUUUGCAUCAGUUGCAUUGUUUGGUAGGAUCUAUUUUGCCUGUUGUUUAG